UCUCACAAAUACCAUAGGAACUACACAUAAAGCACAACACUACAUCACACUAAAAACAUAAAAAUAAAAAAACAAUACGGAAUAUUACUAUGUUCGUACGAUGUCCUUCGCACAUUGUAGGGUCCACCGCUACAGACCUUUUCAGUGAACAACUUUGUGAAGAUUCUGAUAUUUCGAGCGAGGAGGGGGAGAAGUCGAAGGACUCCUCCGAACGCUGCCAUGGACCAUUCUGUCACCUGCAGCCAGUUGUGUUGGACUACAAACAGUUCAAGGCUGCCAGGACCAUUCAGCGCCACGUUAGGGGAUUUUUGGCUCGAAGGCGUCUCAACUACCAAAAUCAGGCGGCCACCACUAUUAGCAAGUUGUGGCGUGGCUACUAUGUCCGUCGUUUCCAGUUCGCCCACAUCCAGAACCUGCUGCACAUGCGGAUCAUGCAGUACCACAACGACAUGGCCACCAAGAUCCAGGCCCUCUUCCGCGGAUGGAUGACGCGCCAGAACUUCCAGGACUUCGAGGGCAUGAAGUCCCUGCGCAUGCAGUACGCUGAGGACAUGUUGAGCGCGCUCUUCAGGAAGCUCUGCACAAUGCGCAAGGAUCACUUGCUGCCGGGAAUCUACGCUCUGCGAGAGUCUGAUUUGCUUUCGAAGAUCGAGGACUUGUCUGCCACCUUUGACUACCGAUUCCACAACGGCAGAGUUCGAGCGGCCAUUGCCAAGAAGCGAGCCUUUAUCAACGACAGGCGGGAGGAGUUCCAAGGGGCCCACUCCUAUUCCAUGGCGCCGUAUCCCGGACCCAACUCAGAAAAUAUUCCCUAUUCCGACAUCACCUUGCCCAAGAAGAUUGGCCCGCGAUUGCAGCGAACAAUUUUGGUGUACGACAAGUCCGUACGGGAUAGGCAUGUGAAGAAGGUCUACGAUCUCAAUUCAAAGAGACGUCGUAAGAGCAUGAAUGCCCUGCGUGAGAAUAUGCGGAACCUUUUUUGCAAGGACUUUAUUAGGAGAAUUGUGGCCCAUAAGAAAGUGAAACGAUUUGACACCAAAAUGAUUCAGGUUUUUCUUGACGAUCUUCUAACGGCCGCCGAAGACUUUAAUUGUUUUUGCAAGCCCAAGACCGCAAUAGAUAGUUUGUGCGAAUAGGUUUUCUCAGCACAAGACAUCAAACAGUGAUGAGAAAAUCUAUUUCCAUAUACGAUCUUCAUUUUUUCGAUUGCUAUAAAUUAUUAAUUAGUCCAAGCGAUACUCAGUUUAUAAUAAACCUUUGUUGAAUUAUA